UUUCAGGUUUUAGAUGUUGUACACCUUUAAACAGGGAGCUGUUAAAAUUCAGCUUACAUGCUGUUGGGUUCCUGCAGUGUAAAAAGUGCUGUUACACAGAGUUCGUUAUUUUUCAACUCACCUCUCUCCUUGGCGAUCUUGGCGUAGACGCCGACCGCUGUGAGGACGGCGCUCACAACCUGCAGAGUCACAGAGAAACAGAUGAUGUUUUAUUAAGAGAACCUAACCCUCCUAAAGUAAAAUGACAUCCAUAACUAAUAAGUUAUUUCUAUUUUUCAUCUAGUUUACAUUUAGAAUUUCUAUUUGGUGUUUUUUUUUAUUAUUUAUUAUUCUGUGAGUGAAUUGCAUCAGGGCCUUUUUGGAUACAGAUUUAAUGAUAAUGAUGAUAUUUCAGAUGUCCCUGGUUCUGGAAGCAAAAGUCCCGUUCAUGUUUCUCAUAGACAACGUUGUGAUUCUCAGUUCUCUCUUCAACAGGAUCAACAUGAAACUGGUUGAAUCAUCAGAAGAAAACAUGAACAACUGUGUUGGAUAAUAUCUGGUACUUUAGUAAAAAGUCGAAACUUCAAAACUGUGAACAUGAAGAUUUCAGAGUUGAGGUUAACUACGACUCCCAAGACUGCUUCCAGUCCUCUGAACCGGACACACUGAGAUGAAACUGAUAACCUUCUUCUUCUGUCUCUGGGUCAUCUCUCUCUGUCUCGUCUGUUAUUUGAGGACCUGAUUGAGGACCAUGGGCCUGCUGGACAUCCUCUACUCCAUCAAAGACCGAGCCGAAAAGUUUCUGAAUGAGAAAAAUGUGGUGACAGACGUUCUGGGGAAGUUGGAGGAAAAAACAGGGAUCAAGAAGAAGAUCAUCGCAGUGGGUGCCGUCUCACUGACAGGACUCUACCUGGUGUAUGGAUAUGGUGCCGCCCUCCUCUGCAACCUGAUUGGUUUUGUCUACCCAGCGUAUUAUUCAAUCAAAGCCAUCGAAAGCGCGAACAAAGAAGACGACACAAAAUGGCUGACGUACUGGGUGGUGUACGGCGUCUUCAGCCUGGGCGAGUUCUUCUCAGACAUUUUCCUCUACUGGUUCCCGUUCUACUACGCUUUUAAGUGUCUCUUCCUGUUGUGGUGCAUGGCGCCAAUGACGUGGAACGGCUCCCAGAUCAUCUACAACCGAGUGGUUCGUCCCAUCUUCCUCCGCCACGAGGCCACAGUGGACAACAUGGUCAGUGACCUCAGCGGGAAGGCCAUGAGUGCCGCCGAGAACCUCACCAGAGAAGUCCUGUCCACUCUGAUAAAAAAUAAAUCUCUGGUGAGUCCGAUGCCGCCGGUUGCUCAGGCUGAACCUAAAAGUUUACCAAGUACAUCAGGAGAAACAUCAGCAGCUAAAGGAGCUCCAUCCGUGCCAAGCGAAGACCGACCAGAUCAUCAUGAGCUCAGUGUAGACUGACGUCCUUCAGAUAGCAGCGGAGAGGAACAGAAGAUUUUCCUCUUCAUCCCGACAGACUCCAACACUCAGACAAGAAGAAAACCUGCUGUCAAAGAGACUUGUUUCAUUUUUAUAUCAGAUGUGUAACAUGAUUUAAUGUAAAAAUACUGCGGGCUGUUUACUCCAAAGCUCAGACUGACUCUUCAAACAGCAAAGAAACAGAAUCUGAUUCUGAAAAUGUUGUUUUAAAUUUUAUUUAUUUAUAUUUAUUAUAUAUUUGGGGGUCAGGGGUAUGUUUUUUUGGGUUUCUUUUUAGAUGCAAAGCACCUCAUAGAACCAGCUUAUAAUAAAUUCACAGACUCACCUGCUCACUUUUAUCAGGCUGCAGAUUCUCCACCAGGGGGAGCUGUUCCAUCAAUGUCAGAGCAGUUUACACCUGCCUACCUGCGCCACCCAGAGGAAAGAGAAGUAACAGCAGCAAUGUUUCAGACCUGCAGAUGUAAACCUGUCAGGCGAAGAAAUUUAUAGCUGCUGCAAUUUUAAGGUAGCGCCACCUGCAGCCGUGUUACAGAUGCACUUUUUUUUUAAUAGCUGCAGUGUUUUGAUUUUAUUUUGUGUGUGUUUUAGAUUUGUAUGGAGCCCGGGAGGGCAUGGAGAAAAAAAUAAGUAAAUUGUGUUGUUGAUUUAAUAAUUUGGAGUCUUGAUUUAUUUAAUAACCUGUGCUCUUGAUUUAAUAACUUUUUAACCCUCACUGUAGAUAUACUCUGAGCACAACACUGUUAUCUCUGACAUCCCUUAUCAUAUCCAGUAGAAUAGAUGUUAUCCAGUUCAUAAAAACUCAGUUUCAUUGUGGACAUGGAUGUAAAUAUUUGUGUGUGU